CGCUGUUGCUCUCCAUAUUCACCGUCGUCGAGGUCGCUAGCAAUGCGUUCUUGGUCAACUGUCCGGCUUUCUACCCACUGAACGAGGCUAUCUCCUUCUUUGGAAGACCCGGGACCAAGAGAAGGGGCCUGUUCAGACUCGCAGGUUUUCUGGAGCUCUGGACAGAUUGCCUGUCCGCGAAGCUCGCUCCUCUGGGCCAUCUUCUUUGUUCGCAUUUAGUUGCUGCUUCAGACGAACAAAUUUCACGCUCUUGGUCAACUGUCCGGCUUUCUACCCACUGAAUGAGGUCAUCUCCUUCUUUGGAAGACCCGGGAUCUAGAGAAAGCGCCUGAUUGGACUCGCAGGUUUUCUGGAGCUCUAAAAAGGCUGCUUGUCUGUGAAAUUUCCCACUCUGUUGUAUGUGGCUUUUCAAUUCCGGUAAGUUGACUCAUCCUGUCGUUCUGUUUACAUAGGAUAUUUCGAUCUUGGGAGAACGAACAAUGUCAGAGACUCCAUCUUUCGACUUUGGCUUCAAGGCUCCUGCCUGUAUAGAAUGGACCCUAAACAAUGCGACGCAAUAUUUGAUCGACCCGGAUCCGCAAAGAGAUAGCGUGAAACUCGAUGCUUGUUUUUCCGGCCAAUCCUCGGCGGCGUCUUUUCAGCUGCAUUGUCCCAUCAGAGUGAAAGGCAUCGAAUCCCACUCGUAUAUUACAGGCCUAAUUCAUAUCCGUUCCAUUACCUCUCUCAAUUUUGAUGAGAAUCCAGAAAUCCCGGAUAUUGUGCGGAGGAAACUCAACUGCAAAGCAGUUUGUUUGCAUUUCGAUCUUUGUCAGCCUCUUGAUCUCAUCGCCUCAACUGCAGCGACAGAACCGAUACAGCCCAGAAAGCGACUGUCUGGCCAAGUAAUCGAUGCGUUACGAUCGCUCGCUGAAGCUACGGCCUUUAACAUCUAUAUAUCGGCAAGAGAAAUUUCAUUGCCUAGAUUAAAUGCCAUUUGUGAAGCUGUUUCUCAAAAUCUGUUACAACCAAUUAUUACCGACACUUCGACUAUCCUGGCUUCAUUGUACGGUAGAAGAGGUGGGAAGAUUAUCACCCUUUCCUCUCAAGCUUAUACGUCAACAUCUCGGAACGAAAACCCGCCAUCAUACGAUCAGCUAGAAACUCUACCUCUCAAGGCCGAAAUCUCGCCACUCAGUACAAAUGAAUCUCUAUCAUCUGUAGCUGCGAGUAAUAAGUGUAAUGAGAAGAAGAGGCGCCGGUUAGAUGAUUCAAGUACCUCUUCUGAAGCUGAUGACCACCAUAGCAUAUGGAUCACAUUGACCAAUAUGCGCAAAGAAAUGCAUAAAUUGACGAAGCGAGUUGAGCGGCUCGAGAGAGAGAACAAAGAUCUGAAUAAAGAACUAGAUGAGUUACGCGCCAGCUGUGAGAAGGUUACAGAUGCAGCAGACGCUGAUGGAGCCGCUUUGCUUGAAGUGCACGAGGAUCUCAACGAGCUGAGAGUACAGGUCGAUUUUCUUGCUCAAGGCAGAUUGGAUAGUGAUGCUGAAGAGCAUAUCAUUGAAACAGUCAAAGAAUCCGUACUCACACAUAUUUUAGAGAGGGGAUAUAAUACUAAGAUCAUUAUUGAAAAAGCCUAGUUCAAGUAUUAGAUGCGCUGCCAACAAGCAACCUUUACUUAUUUAAUAGAGUAUAAAUAUUGCGACGUUUUGCUCACUGAAGCUGACAGAGUCCAUAAAUAC